AUGGCACCCAUCAAGUCAUCUAAGAACAACCAAGUCUCUCCCCAGCAAAGACGGUCCCUCCUUAAGAACACUGAACAAGUCAAAGGCGUAAUGCCCAUCGAGACCUAUCUUAAGCAACUCGAGCCCUACCGCUCAACAACCCUCAUCUGGCCCUAUCCACACAACAUCCUCCCAGCAGAACCAACCACAAUCAAACAGAUCGAACACCACCGCAACUCCAUCCUCGCAAUCCUAGACAGCCACAACUUCCCACCACCCCAAUACCUCCGCCUCUCCAUCCACAGCGCCACAAAACAACUCUACACCAGCAAACCCCUCCCAGUCCUCAGCCUCACAUACAUCACCGACCCAGAGAGCACCACCGCACCCUCCAUCCCAGAAACCCUCGGCCCAGCCCGUGACGAAAUAACCACCCUCCUAAACCAAAACGGAAUCAACGACAUCCAUACCGAAAUCAUCUUCGUGAACCAGGUCUUCGACCCAACCUGCUUCCCUAUUCAUGAUGACGAUCCUGCGGCACAGGCAUUCGAGCACGCCCGCCGCAAUAUCAAUAGGGUUGUUUCCAGACUUCGCGAGAAAUGGUCCAUGGUUAAGAUGUUUCAUGUUGGUGUUACGGUUGAAUCAGCCAGACCGACGGUCGUUGUCCAGGUGAAUCCAAGGACUGAGGCGGAUUGGGAGGCGAUGAUGAGGGAGAUUGUUUCCUACCUACCAAUACCGAAGAUUGAUCAAUAUCACGACGGUGAUACUGAUACAGAUAUGGAAAUAGGCGUUGAGUUCAUGACAGGCAAGAUCGUGAAGCCGAUUGUGUACCCCGAAGACGAGGAGCUGGCUGAUGCCUUGGGAAACUUCUCUGAGGAUCUGACAGAGGGUCUUGCGGCUAAUGAGGAUUUUGAAGUGAUUGGUGACUGGCUUGUUGAGUUGGCUGGAAGAGAAGGGCAGUUUCUCGAACGGGCUGGAGAGGUGAAGAAGGGAAGCUGGUGA